AUGGGUUUGCUUUGGAAUAUCGCCUACUACAGCUGCCAUCCCAUACAGCUGAGGUCCAUUCUCCAAUGGAAAGUAUGGCACAAUCCUCCGCACGAACGGGAUGCGUCGCAGGACCCAGAGACACGCAAAAAGAGCUUCCACUUCCUUAAAUUGACCAGCCGGAGCUUUUCGGCUGUCAUCAUGGAGCUGCAUCCGGAGAUGCUGGUUCCCAUUGCUGUCUUCUACCUCGUCUUGCGUGGACUCGAUACCAUUGAAGAUGACACCUCGGUGCCUCUGGAUGUAAAAGAGCCGCUUCUACGUGAUUUCAAAAAUAUCAUCGAGAAAGACGGCUGGAACUGGAAUGGCAACCGCAAAGAGGAAAAGGACCGCCAGCUCCUUGUCGAGUUUGAAAAUGUUAUCGCCGAGUACAAAUCCCUGAAACCGGCGUACCGUGCGAUCAUUAAAGACAUGACGAAUAAAAUGGGCAACGGCAUGGCUGACUUUGUCGUCAAGGCUGCCAGCGAUGGCAUCAGCGUGCAGAAAAUUGAAGAAUAUGAUCUGUACUGCUACUAUGUUGCCGGUCUUGUCGGCGAAGGCUUAACCCGCCUAUUUGUCGAAGCCAAGUUCGGCAACCCCGCACUGCUGUCUCGCCCCAAACUGCACAAAUCGAUGGGUCUUUUCCUGCAGAAGAUCAACAUCAUCCGUGAUGUGCGUGAAGAUCAUGACGAUAACAGGCAUUUCUGGCCCAAAGAAAUUUGGUCCAAGCAUGUCGACCAGUUUGAAGAUCUCUUCAAUCCCAAGUACAAAGAAGCUGCGCUGAACUGCAACUCGGAGAUGGUUUUGAAUGCUCUGGAGCAUGUUGAAGACUGCAUUUUCUACCUUGCUGGCCUCCGCGAGCAAAGUGUGUUUAACUUUUCCGCUAUUCCGCAGGCCAUGGCCAUUGCGACUCUGGAGCUUUGCUUCCGCAAUUACUCUAUGUUUCAACGCAAUGUCAAAAUUACCAAAGGUGAUGCUUGCCAAUUAAUGAUUGAGUCUACACAAAAUUUGCAAGUGCUUUGCAACACGUUUCGCACUUAUGCCCGCCGGAUACACCAGAAAAACACACCCAAGGAUCCCAACUUUGUGAAGAUCAGUAUUGCCUGUGGCAGUAUUGAGAAAUUCGUCGAGACGCUCUUCCCAUCGCAGCAGAUCGAGGACGCCCAGCGAAAGGUCGCUGGAGAGGUGUCAAAGGAGGAUGAGGAGGCCAAGAAACGACAACAGGAGUCCUGGGAUGACAUGAAAGUGAUGUUCGCCAUCAUGGGCGCUAUGGUCCUUAGUAUCUCAGUAAUCCUGUUUUUCAUUGCCUGGAUGUUGGGUGCCAGAUUUGAUUUGGCUAUUCAAGAGCUCAGGAAGGGCAACUUUAGGCCACCCAACAAAAUCAAGCACUCCGAACUAUAG